AUGUCAUGGGCAGACAGGCCCAAGAUAGAGCAACAGUCAUUUGCUGAGGCUGCUGGGGCUGCAGCAGCCGCUGCCAUCAAUGGGAAUCAAGCCCAAGUCCGGCAAGCUCAAGCUCAACCAAUGGUAGCAGCUAGACCAAUACACCAGUCGGUGGAACAGUUUCUUAAGCUGAAACCGCCCAAGUUCACGGGCAGAGGUGACCCAGAAACCGCCCCACGUUGGGUGGAGGAGUUGGAGAAAGCAUUCGACUUGUUAGGGUGUACUGAGGCAGAAAAGAUUUCGUUGGCGACCUACCAGCUGCAAGAUAAUGCGCACGACUGGUGGAAGGCAGUUAAGGAUAGAGUAUUUCCAGAAAAUAUGGAACAGACCUGGACAAUUUUGGUUGAGCAUUUCUAUGGGCAGUUUUUCUCAGAAAGUGCCCAGGAGAAGAAGAUGGCGGAGUUCAUGAGACUUCGUCAGGGGUCGAUGACAGUAGUUCAGUACGAAGCAGAGUUCACAAGACUGUCCGAUUCGCCUCAAGGAUGGUUGAGAAUCCGCUGGAUAAAGCUCGAAGAUUCCGGGAUGGACUGA